AUGGUCCACAAGACGCUCUUCCACUUGGUCAAGAUUCUUCAAGACAUGAAAGCACGUGGAUGGAUACAUGGGGACAUUAAAGCUGAGAACCUCGUUCUGCACCGAGAGGUAAUGAAAAACAAAUCAAGCAAUUACAUAACAAUUUGUAACUGUUUCAGACGCUCCAGCUGACCCUGAUCGAUUUCGGAUUUGGUUUCCGUUUCCGGGACAAAAAUGGGAAUCGCGUUGCUUGGAGAAGUCCGAUUGCCGAUGCGAUUCACUCGUCGUCCUUUGCCGAUGUCUACAAGAAGAUAACCCCUCUGGACGAUCUCAUGCAGGCGUUCUUUCUCGGACUGCAGCUCCGUUGUCUCGCCAAGUUGAUCUACGAUGAGGACUUUUUGAAGGCGCGCGCCAAGAAGCACAAGUUAGUUGCUCAGCCGAGAAUGUACCUACCGGCAUCCGAACAGCCGAUCGUCUACAUCUACGAGAAAAUCUUGGUCCACAAGUUCGGACAGGAGCCUGACUUUGAUGGAAUCCGCACUGCGAUCGAAGACGAGAGACGUCGUGCCGUCGGAAAGCGUCGCCCCGGAUUCGCCUACGAUGCUGUCGCCGACCAAUUGAACUUUGACUGA